AUGACGUACGGGGGUUCCAGAAAUUGUGUUGGUGUUCGCUGAAUGGAGUUCCGAAGAGAGAAUCCCAAUCCAAAUCGAUGAAAAUCAAGAUCAUCUGUUAACUGUUUAUCGUUUUGGAAUCUCUUGAAUACUCUAUACAGAGUUUACACCGCUACAAAUCCCACCUGUUCCUGGUGGUGAAAAUCAUAUUAAGCUGACCGUUCAGAGUGGCCAUGAUGCAGCGCCGCUUGGACGAUCAGCCUCGUCGAGUAAAUCCCAGUGAACCCCAGUACCCACGUGUGUUGGCCCCAUCAGCUCAGAGAUUUGGAGAUGUGGGAGGAAGCGGUCCCGGGGCCACUGGAGCAGAGAACUUGCCAACAACAUUACAAUACCCAUUGCAGAACUUCCCUGUGAACCAGAAUGCACUGCCGCACUCUUCCCCGAUGCACCAUGCUGCCCACCACAGCGUUCAGCCACAGGCACCACAGCAGGCUCACCCUGCGGCACAGGUUCAUCCGGCACCGUCACAGGCUGACAGACAUCACGCCAUCAUUGCCUCGGAUAUGAAGCUGGACCUGGCGGCCGUGAGUCAGGGACAACAACAGCAGCAGCAGUUCCAGCGUCUUAAGGUGGAGGAUGCCUUGUCUUAUCUAGACCAGGUCAAACUACAGUUUGGUAACCAGCCCCAGGUGUAUAACGACUUUCUGGAUAUCAUGAAGGAAUUCAAGUCUCAGACGAUUGACACACCAGGUGUCAUCAACCGUGUGUCCAACUUGUUCAAGGGCCAUCCUGACCUCAUUGUGGGCUUCAACACAUUCCUGCCCCCGGGCUACAAGAUUGAAGUUCAGGCUAACGAGAUCAGUGUCCACCAGCCAGGUCAGGCGACGGUACUCAUCCCGACGUCGGCACCAAUCAUACCACAGAUACCGAAGCCGCCACCACCAGCCCACAUGCCAAGUACGCCGACUCACAGUUCUUCUUCAUCCUCCCAUCAUUCUUACCAUCAGUCUCCCCACCGCAGUCAGGACCCGCCCACAGCCCCGCCCCCAGCCCAGAUCAGUCAGCCCCCUCCACAACCACCACCUCAACAGCAGCAGCAACAACAGGCAGGGCAGCCGGUCGAGUUCAACCAUGCCAUCAACUAUGUCAAUAAAAUCAAGAAUCGAUUCCAAGGCCAGCCAGAAAUCUAUAAAGCGUUCCUGGAGAUACUACACACGUACCAAAAGGAACAGCGAAAUCUGAAAGAGGGCCUAGUACCUACUGGUUACAAACCUCUGACUGAAGCAGAAGUGUAUUCACAAGUUGCCAAGCUUUUCCAGAACCAGGAGGACUUGCUGGCAGAAUUUGGCCAAUUCCUGCCAGAUGCGAACGGGUCUUCUUACCCUGGCUAUGUAAGUUAUCUGAAUAUGUUACAAGGAGACUCGGCCCUGGGGGUGAGAAAUGACCACUCCUCCACAGUGAAGAAACCUGGCAUGGGCAACAAGAAUCAGAACAAAUCAAACAGUUCUCACCGCAGGCCGUCCAGUGGUCAACAGCCUCCAGCCAAGAAGGCUAAGACUGGUACAUUGAAGGAUAUAUCUCUAGCAGAGGCAGGCAGAUAUGGGACUCUAAAUGAGUUUGCUUUUUUUGACAAGGUUCGCAGGGCCUUGCGGCACCAAGAAGUGUACGAAAAUUUCCUGCGAUGUUUAGUGCUAUUUAAUCAGGAGGUGAUUUCUCGGUCAGAACUUGUUCAACUUGUGCAGACUUUCCUCAUAAAAUUCCCAGAGCUUUAUAAAUGGUUUAAGGAUUUUCUUGGCUACAAGGAAUCUGGAGGUACAAUCGAGGCAGUUCCCUCGGGGGCCACAGCAGAGAAGAGAAUUUCUGGCGACCUAGCAAUGGAAAUAGACUAUGCUACGUGUAAGCGAUAUGGGGCCAGCUACAGAGCACUGCCAAAGUCCUAUCUCCAACCCAAGUGUACAGGCCGUACUGCUCUCUGUAGAGAGGUAUUGAAUGAUACAUGGGUAUCCUUUCCGUCGUGGUCCGAGGACUCCACAUUUGUGACGUCACGGAAAACUCAGUAUGAGGAACACAUCUACCGAUGUGAGGAUGAGAGGUUUGAGUUGGAUAUCGUAGUGGAGUCAAAUCUAAAUACGAUACGGAUCCUCGAGGCGGUCCAGAAGAAAAUGUCUCGAAUGUCGUCAGAGGAGGCAGCUAAAUUCCGUCUGGACAAUUCAUUAGGAGGGUCUUCUGAGGUUCUUCACCGUAAAUCUAUACAACGGAUAUAUGGUGACAAGGCUCCAGAUAUAAUAGAUGGUCUUAAAAAAAAUCCUGUUGUUGCUGUUCCCCUUGUUUUACGGAGAUUAAAAGCCAAAGAAGAAGAAUGGCGGGAAGCACAGCGAAAUUUUAACAAAGUGUGGCGAGAACAGAACGAAAAAUAUUACCUUAAGUCUCUUGAUCAUCAAGGCAUUAAUUUUAAACAAAAUGACAUUAAGUCCAUCAGGUCCAAGGCACUCCUCAAUGAAAUAGAGACCAUCUAUGACGAGCGUCAGGAACAGUUCCAGGAGAACGGCCCAGAACAGGGAAAUCCUCAUCUAUCCUUCAAUUACAAAGAUAAGUCAACCGUGGACGAUGCAGCCUCACUUAUCAUACAUCAUAUGAAACGUCAGACAGCAAUACACAAAGAUGAUAAACAGAAAAUAAAAAUCUUACUGAAGCAGUUUAUCCCGGAUCUGUUCUUCACGCCGCGUGCAGAGCUCAGUGAUGAUGAAAUGGAUAAAGAUGAUGAUAUGGAUAUAGACGAUGCAGAGAAGGAGGUAGUUAAGGAAGAGAAAGUGCCGUCCCCCGCCCCAGCACCCCCGACUGCCCCCUCGGACCCCCCUGUAGAGCCGUCUGCAGUAAAGGAGGAGGAGGUGAAGAUGGAAGAAGAGGCGCCCAGAUCACCUAUUCUCAAUGGUGCUCUCAGCGACAGUGAUCAUGAUAUGGAAGAUGACGAUGUAUAUUCUCUAUACUUCAUCAAUAACAAUUGGUACCUGUUCUUUCGGCUGCAUGAAAUUCUGUGUGAACGUCUGUACAAGAUUUACAGUCUUUCAAUGCGAAUUGCUGCCGAGGAGGCCAUGUGUCGCCAGGAGAGGAAAGAGUCGACUGCUAUUGCCCUUCGUCUCAAAGCUCCAAGUGAAGUAGAGCCGGAGGAAUACUACCCUUACUUUCUGGAGAUGAUCAAAAGUCUUCUCGACGGAAACAUGGAACCCAACCAAUAUGAGGAUCAACUCCGCGAGAUGUACGGCAUCCACGCCUAUAUAGCAUUUACCAUGGACAAACUUGUCCAGAACUUAGUCAGACAGAUGCAGCACAUUGUGACAGAUGACGUGUGCUGUAAGGUGACUGAUAUGUUUGAGGAAGAGAAGAAGAACAAGGCGACCGGAGGCCGAGUGGCUACAGUACACCAACGUGCCAACCAAGAAGCUACCUACCAGAAACGGGCCGACCAUAUCCUGGCCGACGAAAAUUGCUUCAAACUCAUGAUUUUCAAGAAGGAUUGUCGCCUCACCCUGGAGCUCCUGGACACCGAACAUGAACAGUCAGACGACCCUGUGGAGGUGGAGAGAUGGUCGGAAUACGUGGAAAAAUAUGUUGCUAAUGACGACACUGUAUCUGAGGACCUGAAGGAGGAGCUACAGAGAAAAGCUGUCUUCUUACCGAGAAAUGUACGGAAAUGGCGUUUACAUCAGCGGAACCAGAAACAGAAGAAUGAUGCUGAACUAGAAGAGACGUCCAACCCUGGUGAAUCGCCCAAACAGGAAACCAACGAUGAUAUGGAUAUCCUUGACAACACUGAGUGUAAAUUUAAUGUCAACUCUUUCAAAAUUGUGUAUGUCGUCAACAGCGAAUACUACCUCUACAAGCGAACUGCGCUGAAGAAGGCCAAAGAGUCUCAUAAGCGAGUGUCACUAAAACUACACGAAAAAUUUUCAAGUUGGGUGGACAAAUGGCGGGCACAGCAUGUGACCGUGGACAUGGAGAAGGAAUGUGAUGAUUGGAUGAUGGGGAGAAGUGAGGAUAUGAGAGCCAAUGAGACUGUUUGUAACAAAGUGUUUGUAGCAGACUCUGCUCCGUACUACGAGUACAACCAAUAUCGCGUGACGUACCAGGAAAAACCACCGGACCGUGAGGAGGGGUAGUCUACAUCGAUCACAAAACAUUAUUUAUUUCCCAUUUCAUCGUGUACAUCUCCAUUAUCUUGUGUUGGAAAUGGCCCUGUUCCGUGGAGCUAUUCAGGGUUGUAGUGGAUUGUGUAAUAUCGGUGCCAUCUCGUGAAGAGGCUAUACAGAAUUGAGCGAGAUGUGAAUCAUCACCAACGGCUACUGUUCUACAGUCGUCCUCAUCUCAGUCUUGUGACCGGCGACUGAUCAUGACCGUUCUACAGACGCCCCUGUCUCAGAUUUGGGGGAGACGUAAAAGGCCACUUUCUGAUGGCAGUCCGGUGUGCCUAUAGAAGGGACUACUGACAUCUUUGUUACAUUUUGAUACAUGUGAUACUCUGUUUUGUAAUUUUUACACCAACAUGUGUUGAAAGGAGGUGCUGGUAUCGGACAGCUCUACAAGAAUCAAGAAAUUGAAUUUCUAUGAAAAUUAUUUCAAAUUAGAAUAUCAUACUCUGUAUUCUAUUUUGAAAGGAUUGAUGAUAAUAUUCUGCUACUAAAUCAUGUAAAAGUAACAAUUUUCAUUACAUGUUAAAGGGAUAUUCUGCACAAGUUGAGGAUUUUGAAGCUUUUUAUAAAAUUUGCACAAAAGCAUCUACUUCUGUUACAGAAAUCAUACGCCUAAAUUUCAAUUUGUAUCAAAUUACAAAUGCCCAUGUGGCCUUGCUUGUGUCACAACAGGUUUCUUUUCUAUUGGAAACCCUCGUCAUUUUCUGUGUUAGCAGACAGAUAGAUAGAGGGGGGAAUCAAAUAGGUGUGCUCUAUUAACGGAUCAGUAAAUAUUUGUGUACAUCAUAAAAUCAACAGGUAAUCAACCUUGGAUUGUAAUUGUGAUCUGAGCAGAACGUAAACACUUUUUACCAGAUACUUGUAUGAAUCUGUCAUUGGUUAAGUCUUCAGUUCCGGAUUUUCCUAAGUGGUCGGUUUGAUAAACAGGGGUAUUCCCAAAGAUCACUUGUCCAAACUGAUCACAGGAAUAGAUAUUUUGAAGCCGACAGUAAUUUUAAAAGUCAUUAGAAAAUGUAAUCAAAAGACACAGAACAGUGAUGGGAAAUUUUGUAACUUGUGCAGAAUAUCCUCCUUUUAACAUAAAAUAAAACAUGUUUAUCCAUUUUCAAAUAGAAUUUAAUGCUGUUAGAGUUGUUGUCGAGGUGAUCCUAAGACCUGGGGCACAAUGUCUGGUUGUUUGAAAGGUGACAUUCUGAGGCAAGCGUUUGAAUAUUACUAUAAAAGUCAUUUAGAAACUUUAGAUCACAAAUCUGUCCUGUUAAUUGAACUGUUGGAAAUGCAAUAAACGAAAAGCACCCUGAUUUAUAUAGUCAAGUGAUGGGACCUGCUGCCUCGUCUGUUAAAUUGUCUCCCCUUCUCAGGAACAUGGACGGCACCAGGUCCCACAGAGUUGUAUUUACACACCUAUUAUGUGUAGAGACUUAUUUUUAUACAUCGUGUCCUUGUUGAAUAUUACAAGUUUAUGAUGAUGGCAGUACCCUGUUUUUGUUUGUACGUGUCAUAGAAUUGGGAAAUAUUUGCGAGCAUUCAAAUUAACUGCAAUUCCAUUUAGCAUAUAAUUAUGGUGUAUGAACAGCUAUUUUGUAUUCGUAAGAACUUUUGAAUUGAAAUUUUUAAACUAUUCACAAUAUUUAUGUGAAUUGACAUGAGAUGCAGUUAUUUUCUCCCAAAUCUUUCCUAAUUUAUUUCGACUGAUGAUACAACCGGUCAGUAUCAUCUGUUUGUAGCCUGUUUAGGAAUCGAUCUGUACACUGUUAUAAGAAAAAUGGAGUCUUUUAAGUAUUUUGAUGUUGAUUAAUUCAAUAAGCAAACCAAUUUCAAACUUCAAAUGAAAUGAGGUAUACCUCGCCAAAAAAUUCAGUUCUGAAAUUAAUAGAAAGAUUUAUGGAAGAAUAUUUCUUCAGUGUCAAAUUUGGUGUCUAUAUGGCUCCAUUCGUUUUUAUACAGUUCUCUGUCUAACGGAGUAAAAAUGAGAUAAAACUCGUCAUUGUGUACUAGUUAAUGUUUGAUGAGAGAGAGGGAGUGUGGAUAGUGUGAAAGGAAGGAGUGUACAGUCAUGUAGGUAUAUGUAUAUAUAGAAUAUGUUAUAAUGAUCAACAUGACAAGACGUGCUGUAAUGGACACGACUUGUAAACUUAAAUAAACCUGUGGGUGAAACAG